CACGUAAACAACAACUACAACAACAAAAACUCAUUUGAAUUGCAAUAAAUAAAACAACAAGAACAACAAGCACGUACACAAUGUGACAAUAAAACAGUGAGCGCAGUAGCAGCUAGAAAGCUAAAAAGGAAUUUAAUUGCACGCACUAGACGAGAAGUAGCUAUAAAUGAAGCAGCAAAAACAGCAAAAACAGUCAAGAAAUCCAAAACACCAAAAACAGCAGAAACAGUGAUAAAGCCAGAAACGCACAAGCAGAGAGAAUUCGGCAAAGCGGCCGCAGAAAUUAUACAAAAACCAAAUCAAGCCAAACCAAACCAAACCAAAACCAAACCAAAACCAAAACAAAACCAAAACCAAACUUCCCUGUCUUGCCGAAUGUCCUUGCACCUUUAAGCUCUCGCUGUGUGUGUACAAUCCCGUUCACAUAUGUGUGUAUGUGUGUGUGUAUCCCCAGCCACCAACCCCCAAUCCACAUCCGUACCACGAUCGGUGUCCGUGUUUGUCGUGUAGCACCACCUAGAACAAUCCAGCACUAUCAAAUCAAUUCAAAAAUAAAAUAGAAAAGCACCCUUCAACAAUCACAAAAUAUAUACCACCUGCAAUACCAGCAACACUUGCAACAGCAAUCGCAAACGCAAUCGCAAUCGCAGUCGCAGUCGACACUGCGGUGCAGCCACCUUGAGAGCCAGUUGAACCACCGAUCUCUGGGGCUGACAGGUCAGAGUGAACAACCCUAGCCAAUCCAUAGCCACCUGGUAGCUCCCGAUAGCUCCCCCGAUUGAUCCACUCCACCUAACCACAUACCAGCACCACAAUUGCACAUUACUACCAUAGAUAUCCCCGGCAGUACUACUACCGCAUGGAGCGCGGCAGCAGCGGUGGUCAGCAGUCAUCGCAGCAGCAGCACCACCAGCAGCAACAGUCGUCGUCGCAGCAGCACCACCAGCAGCAGUCGUCGCACCAUCAGCAGCAGUCGUCGCACCAUCAACAGCAACGACACCAUCAGCAUGUGGUGGCCGUGCACAGUUUCGAUCCGUAUCUGACCGCCGGCGGGGCGGACGAGGAGCACACGUCGGGCACCUCGUCCUUUGACAAUCCCGCCACCAAAAAGAAACCGCCCAAGCUGAAGCCCAUCCAUCGAUCCCUGUCCAUGGCCAUCGAUAAUUAUGCACCCUCUUCCGGCGAUCUCGACAUGGAUUUGGAUAUGGAAAUGGGCAUGGAGAUGGGCAUGGACAUGGACCUGGACAUGGAGAUGGAUCUGGAGGGCGAGGGCAUUGUCAUCAGUGAGAAGCCGCUGAUCCACCGCUCGGCCUCGCCCCUGCCCCAUUCCCGAUCCGGCGCCCUACCCCCGCAGACCCUAGCAAUCCCAGCACAACAACAACAACAACAACACCAUCCUAGUCAGCGUGGCAUGGGUGGUGGUGGUGGCGGACCCGGCAGUGGUGCCGUUUCGCCAGCCCUAUCUGCCCGCCAGCAACACCAUCAUCUCCUCCAACAACAACAACAACAACACCAGCAACACCAUCAGCAACAACAACACCAGCAACACCAACAACAACAACAACAGCAACAUCAGUUGCAUUUGCACACUUUUCAGCAACUUGCUGCACAGGCAGCUGCUGCCCGGCAUCAACAAACAACCCACCAGCAGCAUUCACUAUCGCACCGCCAACAUCCGCAACAACAUACGCAUCCACAUCAGCUUCAACAUCCGCAUCCGCAUCCGCAUCAGCAUGCGCACUCGAAGAGCUCACCAACCUCACACGCGGUUAGCCCGGUGCUGGGCCAGCAGCACCGCCAGCAGCCGGACAUUUACCUGGUCAGCAGCAGCAGCAGCCUGGGCGAUGGUGUCGGUGUGGGCAGCUUGGGUGUGGGCGUAGGCGGCAUGGGCCUGGGCGUGGGCCUGGGCGGCAUGGGUAUGGGCAGAUCGUUGGGCGGGAGCACAUCGCCCAUUCAGUUUAUCGAUAUGGACGAUAUGCCCAAUCCAACAAUUGCCCCCGCCCAACGCCCAAUGCACACGCAUCCGCUGAAGAAGAACCUAUUCCGGCGAUCCGACACCAUUGACGUCCAUCCGUCUACCAAUUUUCAGAUGAAGAAAACGCAUUCCUUCCACGCGCAACAGGAUCCCGCCGCCCUGGACCAAAUACAGCUGGCCGUUGCAGCCGGCUCGGGGGCCUCAAGUCGUCGCACCAGUUCGGUGAGGGGCAACUUCCUAAUGCCCGGUCCACCCGCGGGCGCCAAAGAAAUAUCCCGUUCGCCUUCGCCGAGCCGAAGGGGCUGUCGUUCGCAUCGAUCGUUCAAUGAUCCGGCUCGAAGGCCCAGUGUUAAACCGGAAUCGGUGGUGGAGUCGCAGAUACGACAUCCAUCGCUGAACGAUGACCUAAUGGAACCGAUGAACGGACGCAAUCUGUUUGCGGCACCCACCAAUCUGUCGCUGGAAAAUGAACUCUUCGUGGAUACACGUUCGCGGAGCAACAGUCACACCAAAAUGGAGGAGCUGGGCCUGGCGGAGAUCACUGCCGCUGCCGUCGCCGUGCAGCGAUUGCGCAAGAGCUCCGGAGCGGGAUCCUUUGAGGAUACAGCCGCCGGCCAUAGUGCCACCCACCCGCCUUCCGCUGCGAAUAGCGUUAAGCAGAAGCGGGAAUCACACCACCCCCACACCCGCCAAGUGAGUACCCACAGUUUGGAGCUGGACGGACGUCCCUCGACUUCGGCGGCAGCAGCAGCGGCGGCCGCCGCGGCAGGCGGACAUGGCCUGCAGCUUCACAGUGCGGCGGCGGCGGCCAGUGCGGCGUACCACUUCAAGCGGGGCGCCCAGAUGGGUCGCUCGCUCUAUCUGUCGCCCAGCAAUCUGGAGGAGCUAGCCGUCCACCGGCCAGGUGUUCUAGCAGCAGCAGCGGCCUUCCAGGGCACCAAUGCCAGUGCCAGUGUCAAGCAGGCCAAAGCCCUGCACAGCGCCAGCGUUCGACUGCGCAGCUAUCGGGAGACGCUGAGCGCCUCCAAGAAGUCCAAGAGCUUUAUCGGGGACGCCAGUGCUGGCAGCGGUCCGCAGGCGGGCGACGAAUUCGAGCUUAGCUCACCCCACCGACGCAACAGUCGCCCGCUAUCCACAGUUGUGCCUGGCUCGAGCAUCGAGGAGAUCAAGCGGAGUCCACGACCCAUUUCCGCGUCGGCGGCGGCGGCUGCCUUUCUGGAGGAGAAGCGACCGAGCUUCGAGAGGAAAUCAUCGCUGACGUAUGACCACGAGCUAAGCGAUGCCGCCUUUGCUGCCCAGGUGCUGAGGCCGUUCCAUCACAAGUUGGCUGCCGGAAGGAAGGGCUCCGUAAGUGGGGGAUCCCACAAACUGAAGAAGAAGUCGCUGAGCGAUGAAACCGACGAGGAGGAGGCGGCGGAUCGCAAGCGCAAGCGGAUCGUAUGCAUCGUUCUAUCCACGGUCCUGCUGUGCUUGGUCUGUGCCAGCGUAUUCGUGCUGACCAUCACGCUGACCUCCAGCUCCGGCCAGGGCGGAAAGAAGGCGCAUUCGUUCAGCAGGGACACACCCGUCCACUGGACGGGCAUGCGGCCCUCAUGAACUCCAACGCAGAGGCUGUGCUUUGGGCAACUCACCUACCUGCCAGCUGGUUAUCCCCUGACUUUGGAUUCGAUUUCGUUAACGUUUGCGUUUUCGCUUCCGCUUCGAAUUGGUCCUGUCGUUCCGCUCUACGUUUUGUUUCCUCUGUGUCUCCGGGUCUCUGGUUGCGCCGGACUGCCCAACUGACGUUCAACGACUGCGGGAGAGGAGGAAAUAGAGGAGCUGCAGCAGCAACUAGCGAAGAGUCUUGCGACAGGAAAACGAGAGGAGCUACCGCGAGAAUCUGGAGCGCACCUUGAUGAUGAAGAACCGCACCGAGCUGAAUCUGCAGCGCCACC